UAUGCAAAAUAGCGAGAAGGAUAUGGGCAAUGUCCAAGUAAAAAACAAAUGGAAACAUACCGUGUGUGUUAUACAAAAUGUCGCCAAUCAAUCAAAUUACGGAAAUGAAACGAAAACAAUAACACGGUUUUUACUUAUAUGUAUUACUUAAAACGGUGUAAUUCUCUCACUUUACAAAGAGAUGUCUUUGAAGGCAAUUAUUUUAAUUACCUAUUUAGCUGUGACUACAGCUUUACUUGAUUAUAGAAGAUGUUUACUACAUCGCGGAAAGUGUGUCUCAUAUUGUCCGCGUAAAAUGCACGCGUAUCACACGCGAUGUGAUGGUGAAACUAUGACACAAAAAACCUGCGACUCACCUGAAGCCUCUCUCUUGGGCUACACAUGCGGCUGGUCCCGAUGUGAUUGCAAUGGAAACUUGGUGUAUGAUGAGAAGUCAGGAUUUUGCGUGACUUUAGAGUUCUGUGAACAGAACAAGUUCCCUGAUGAAGUGAGGCGAAAGCAUGGAGAUACAGAUAUGGAAACCCAAAGGCGGACAAAAAUACGACCCUCGAAGAGGAUUAAGAUCCCCGAUGACGAUCCUUUAGUACAUUUAACGUAAAUAAAUAAUAAAUCAAU